AUGCGAGAAGUACCCAUUAAGGAGAUAGCAUCAAGCCUUUCUCUCCCAAUCCACGAGAUUGAUACGUUCACAGGAUGGGCGCCUCCCGUCACAGCAAAUGGGCCCAUUAAUUUGAUUAUUGCUGUUUCGUUCGGGCUUUUCGUACCCCCACGUAUCCUUAAUGCUGCCAGCUACGGAGGACUUAACGUACAUCCUUCGCUUCUUCCAGAUUUUCGUGGUCCAGCACCGCUACACCACACUCUCCUGACUGGGCGAACUACCACUGGUGUCUCAUUGCAAACACUUCAUCACAAGAGUUUUGACCAUGGAACAAUUCUCUCACAGACUCCAGCCCCGGGCUUUGAAAUCCCCAAUCCCAAUUCUUAUACUGUGCCUGAGCUGGUGAAUCUAGUUGCUCCCAAGGGCGCUCAAUUAUUGGUGGAUGGUAUCGACAACGGACUAUUUGUACCACCAAUAAAAGAUGCUGGCUGGCGAGCUACAGAAAGCACCGAUGAUCUCGUCCAUGCCGCCAAGAUCAAGCCGGAAAAUCGACACCUGGACUGGAAAAAUUGCAAAUUACUCGAUAUCAACAGACGAAACCGUGUUAUUGGCCCACUCUGGAGCAAGGCUCUUGUCCCAGAAACCCUCGCGGACCCACAAACUUCAUUCAAAUAUAAGCGUGUGAUCUUGACAGAUAUUGAGGAAGUUGAACCGCCAAAGGGAAGCGAUUCAUUUGCGGUUGUUCCAGGUCUGCCCUUUGCGAAUGCUGCUUAUCCCGUUGGACCAAAGAAGGGCAGGGCUCUUUACGUUUUUACUAGCGAUGGGAAAGCGCUACGCAUCAAUAAGAUGAAGGUUGAGGGCGAGCAAGAUGCUGAAGGGCUUCGUGCUGCGAUCAAGGCUCACAUGUUUGGUGAUCGGUCCUUCCAGUCUGCAGCGGCUGAAUUCACCCCUUUCCGCAAUCCUCUUUCGUGA